CCGCUGAGCAUUCCACAACUCGACACGAACGACUUCUAUCUGAAUACCUUUGGAUACUUCCUUUGCUCUUGUCGUUGCGAGACCACACGAUCCAGAACCAGAGUCGUCCGCUCUAUCUCUUCCUCCUCCCUCUACAUCUACCACGACAGUAUCCUCGCACGCUCGUGUCGAACUAUAUCCUGCCCUCCAUUGACCCUGCCUCUCUACCUACACCACUCUAUCGUCCCGGUUGAUAACAUUGUGGGAGCGCUCAGCGAGCAAACACCUCAGUCUUUGUCUCUUCUGAAACCUAGUAUCUUGGUUGAUGCUGAUUGACGGAGACCUCGGGCCAGCACGUGUUCGACUCUUUCCUCGAUACCUGCUGUUGUGCAGGACCGGCUAGGACUCCUGUAGGCGCAGGACGAGCCUGGGGAGGGGUUUCCUGCUCAGGAUAACAACCCGAGCCACAUCCCACCUCGUCUCCCCCGUCAAUCACAACAAGAUGGCUACAGUGGUGGUCCAACAACAACCCCAAGUUCGACAGUCGACUCCUCCACCCGUCGGCCCGACUAUUUCACUGCAUCAAGCUCGAUCUUCGACACCCAUCCCCAACAAACACUUACCUUACUGUCCACCAGGACCGGUUCCCUCCCAGACGCAAAUCACUCCUCCCAACUCUCCUCCAUUACGAAACGUCGCCCCCAAACCCACCUCGCUCCUACACCCCGCAAGCAACUACCAGAGGCUGUGUAAUUCUCCGCCCAUAUAUGGCAUCUCGGCCAAACAGGUAGCUGAAGCCCUCGAACACUAUUCUCGUCAGCCCCUUCCACACCCGUCGUCGGUCUUUCCAUGGCUCCAUGGGCUCCAUCCCGAGAACCAUAUCCAAUUGGCCUUCUUUGUCGCAAGGAAAAAGUCGCUGCGAAAGAUACCAAAAUGCUUGCGAGGGAUAACCAUCAUCAAGGCUGGGGGCGACCUGAGUCGCUCGAGGAUCAAAGGGGCUAUUUGCCCAGAUGAAGUCCUCAACUUGUCAGAGAGCAAUGGCCGGGGCUUCGUCGACUGUGACCCACGAGAAGGCUUCUCGGUGCGCAAUUUCCACAUCCAAGCGGCCAAGAUGGCAAUGGUGUCCGACAUCAUCGUAUAUGGCGAUGAAGACACAGACCACCGCAUCAUCAAGUCUGUUGCCGAGAGAACAGCAUCUGUGCAGAAGAAAUGGCGAAAGGAACUGGAAAGCAUCGGCCAAUGUCCCGAGCCUUUCAAUACCUUCGUGUUGACGCAGUCUUUUGAAGACUUUGAGCAGUUGUAUCCGGAAUUGGUGGCCGUUGAUUCCCAAGGCAGAUAUCAGGACCAUACACUUGAUUUCCUCCAACAAGAAAGACGAGAAAUGUGCGCCAUGUCCAAGGCCUCGGAAAUCUCACAUGCCGUCUUCCAAGGCCCGUCGCCGGGGCCCUACACCGACCCACCGUCCAGCCUUGAUGACCCGAGUUACGAUCUCUAUGUGGAAGCCAGUGAUCAUGCAUCACUUCCAGACGACAAACUCCUGGCUGCGAAAUUGAAACAGCUCGAAGAACGCGAGGAGGACGACGACCCAGUCCACAUGACAUUCCCCAGCUCAGGAAGUAUUCUACCACCAUCAUGGUCCCAAGUCGAAGUCGACGGCAUCCUGCGUAUGUGUCGGUGGCUCUACAACCUCACUCAUACCAUGAAACCUGUCAGCAAAUGCAGCGACGAAGACGGCGACAUUCAGAUGUCUGAAUUCGCACCUCGUCCCCGGCGGGUCCUGUUGCACUGUGCAGAUGGGUACACCGAAACCUCCAUGCUGGCCGUCGCGUACUUCAUGUACGCUGAAGGUGUUCCCCUACACGAGGCGUGGAUUCGCCUGCACUGUGAGAAGCGACGCAAUUUCUUCGCUUACCCUUCGGACGUCUCUCUGUUGAAUGCUAUUCAAGGCCGCAUUCUAGGUGAAUCGCCAAAAUUCGAUUCCUCAAAACUCUCCUCCAUAGAAGCGCCGGCAUGGCUGGCCAGGCUGGACGGUAGCUUGCCAAGUCGCAUCCUCCCGUACAUGUACCUGGGCAAUCUGACACAUGCGAAUAACCCUCAAAUGCUCAAGCUAUUGGGCAUUCGCCGGAUUUUGAGUGUCGGGGAGCCGGUCUCCUGGACGGAACAGGAAAUCAACGAUUGGGGACGAGAAAAUCUGCUGAUGGUGGAUCGUGUGCAGGACAAUGGGAUCGAUGAACUGACAUUGGAGAUGGAAAGGUGUCUAGAGUUCAUUGAACGAGGAAAGCAGGAUGGCACCGCGACACUAGUCCACUGCCGUGUUGGCGUUUCUCGCUCUGCAACCAUUUGCAUUGCCGAAGUCAUGGCAAGUCAGGGGCUGAGUUUCCCUCGUGCAUACUGCUUUGUCCGCGCCCGCCGCCUCAACGUGAUCAUCCAACCACACCUGCGCUUCGUCUACGAAUUGAUGAAAUGGGACGAGUUACAGCAAGAGAAACGUGGUGUGGUCGUCAAGAGGGAACUUGAGUGGGCGGCCGUGGCGAGGGAGAUUGCUGCGAUGAACAGACCUUACGCACGGUCAUGAUCCUCGAGUGUUCCAAGAUGGCGCCUGUUGCCGGUCUCGGUCUCUUGUCAAGCCCGGGUUCAGGUUCAUCCGUUGACUCUGCCUCCGCCGGACGAGCGAGUAGAGGUUCAAAAGAGCUGGAAUGAGCCUCAUACAGCUGGCCUCCUAGCCAGACAGGCGGACUCUUUUGACACCUGCUCAGGAGUCGUUGAUGUUGCUGUUGCUGUUGUCAUGAUAUUGUGUUGAUGUACGAUGAGCCAAAUGUGUCAUGACUACAGAUGUUACGGAUUGGAUAUAUGAUGGAUGACGGACGUUGUACAUGACUGUUAUGAAGAGCUGAUGAUGGGCGCAUCUGGACCAAACAUUUUGGAAUCAGCUUUUUAUAAGGCCUCGAUGGCAGGGCGCACAAUGGGCGGGCUUGGGCUCUGUGUUGAGAUCCUUACAUUGGGUAAGGGAGGCUCUACAUUCACGCCAUGCAGUGUCGCGCUGUGCCCUGGCCCUGUGUGCUCUAUAGCCGAAAGCCAAAGCACCUGGCGCUCGGUUUUGUUUCUUGGAUUUCGCUAUAAAAGCUGCUGGGACACCGGGGUUGGAUCUGGGAGCCAGCUCAGGGGAUGAUGCUAGCAAUGAAGGAACCUCAAUUUUCAGCCACCAAAAAGGCUCCUACACUUAUUUUACUUCCCUCACUAAUAUCUGGUCGUGCAUGUUCCCAAUUAACCACAUUAUUUAUAUCUGC